UCUCCGGUGCAGCUGGGUACUUUCGGUUACCUCAGAGAAAACCGUGACAACAAUGAGAUAGCAGUAAUUUGAUACACAGGUCGCCUCUGCAAAGCCAAUCGUGUUAAAAGGGAUUAACAGGCGAUGACAGCUGGAUUUACUGUGAAGCUGAACCGAGUCUUAAUUGCGUUUAGUUGCCGCUGUUUGAGCAAGGAGCCGUGUCACCAUACGCUAAUUUUGGACGAAAAAUUGAGUCUCUGACCUCAAUGUCUAAACUACUGGGAAAUGCAGGUGUGUCGCUGCUUGGGGACAAAUCGCUGGAAUUCUACCAGGACCCGGUGAGCUUCUGCCGGCAGAGGAUCGAGAAACACCGGAGCAGAGUGUUUCAGAGCCGUCUGCUCAACAGACCGACCGCCUUCAUCUGCUCCGUGCAGGGCAUGAGAGAGCUGCUGUGUGAGAAGUCCAACUUGUUUCUGAAAGAUCCGACUGAUUUGAUGACCAACAUGUACGGUGAUACUGUUGUAACCACUAAUGGUGAGGAGGCAUGUCUUCUCCGUCUGUCUCUCACCAGCCUGUUUACAGGAAGUUGUUUACAAUCAUCAAGUGAAUAUAUCACCAGUGUAUGUGAGCGCUGUCUGAAGGACCUCUCUCUCAGUGGCCAGCCAGAGUGUGUGUACACUGUGUUUAAGCGGCUGGGGACGGAGUUGGUGUUGGGCCUUUUUCUGAAUGUACGAGCGGAAGAGCAGCCUGAGCUUUUCCAGGAAAUCACACAACUUUGCACCCAGCACUGGCAUGGUCUGAUCUCUGCUCCGGUGAAUGUGAAGGUUCCACUGUGGUCGUCAGGUUUCUCCACCGCUCUGGAGGCCAGAGACAAACUGAUGGAAAUCAUCAAAGACAAACUUAAAAAUGACACACAGGGUUUUGUCGGCUCUCUCGGGUCUUUGCCACUGCCCGACUCCAGUGCUGCCUCUCAGCAUCUCCUGCUGUUCAUCUCAGCCCUGAUCCCCAAAGCUCUGGCAUCUCUGCUCACCUCGUUCACACUGGCACUCAGUGGAAACGAACAGGAGGAGACCCGUCGGCGAGCUUUGACGGACGCUGGUUACCUGCAUGGAGUGCUGCUGGAAGUUCAGAGACUCUGGCCUCCUUUCAUUGGUGGACGCAGAAUAGCUGAUCAGGACUCCACCCUCGCAGGGUUUCAUGUCCCAAAGGGUCAUGGUGCAAUGUAUAUCAGCCACUCCGUCCACCGUGACCCGGACGUGUUCCAGCAGCCGGACAGCUUCCUGCCGGAGAGAUGGAGCGGAAGGAAUGCAGGCCAGGAGCACUUCCUUUGUUCCUUAGGCAGUGGGCCCAGGAGCUGCAUCGGACUUAAACUUACAGACGUCUUCGUCAAGGAGGCGUGCGUGUACCUGUUAAAGCACUACGACUGGUGUUUGGAGCCUCCAUCGCAGGAUCUUGAGUACAAAUGGCUGCCUGUGUCUCGCCCCGCCAUCCCCCCCACCAUCUCCUUCACCCAACUGGAUCCGACCAGAUCUGACAGUAGCAGCUCUAGAUAGGAAAGCACAGUACAUUUAGUGAUGUACAACAUUUUCUUAUAAAACCAUACGAGCACUAGAAACUAAGGAUGGGAAGAAUCACCGACUCGCAUCGGUGCACCAACAUAAAUGUUCACGAUGCAAUUGCCCUGAUUAAAAAAGUUUGCACCUGAUACAAUUUGGUAUUAAGUCACGAUGCAUUGUUUCUAAUAUCUUUGCAUCAGUAAAAUCCGAUUUAUACAUAUAGAUAUAUAUAAUCACUAGUACAGUGUAGAGGCGUCAUGCUUUUAUUAUUUAGAAAUGUGACCAAUAAUUUAACAUUUAGAUUGAUUCUUCAUCUCUAAACUGUUUCUCAAGCAGACUGGCAUGCCACAGCUCUGGAUUUAAUGUUCCACACGAUGGAGUAAAUGGCUCAUUACACUAUUUUGACAGUAAUUGUUUGGGUCAUAUGCAUGUAAACAGGAGACAGAGAAUACAACACUAUGAAGGACUUGUGAAAAGGCCUGUUUGUGAAACGUCCAAGUGUUUUUUUUAAAGGUCAAAAAGAAACAGCAGAAAUGAGACGCGUACUGAGUUGCAGUACUAGAGAAACAAAUAUGUGAAGUAAAAAUGGCACUUUUUUUAGUUAAUUUAUGAUUUGCUAUAUGCUUAAUAAAUAAAAUAAACUCUCGGUACCAUA